AUGCCUUCUGAAAAUCUACGAUGGGAAACAUUACAGGCGUUAAAAAAUUCACCAAAGGGAAAUAUCACUUUUGACCCGUACUGGUCGGAAAGGGGCGAGCCCAUUUUGUCAGGAUGCAAAGAGCCCCUCAGCCUGUCCCCUCACUCGGGGGUCAUCCUGGAGCGUCUCUGCGCCUUGCCCCUGCAGAAGGCCUCCUUCCUGGGCUCCAGCUCCGGAGACUCCAGCCCCGGCCUCUCUGAGGAUAUUUUCACCUCCCUUUCCUCCACUGGGUCCAUCCCCGACCUCAACGCCAGGCGCACCCCGUCUCUGAAGACGGAGCGCGAGCAGGCUGUCAGUGAUGAGGCUAGGGAUGAAGAUCCGGAGGAAGAUGUCAGCGAGGUUUCCAGUCCCGCAUCUCUACCUUCCAUUUCCCUUCUGUCGCCUAAAGCCAUGGAGACGGCAGGCCAAAUUAUCCGAUUUGCAGCAGAACAGCAAGAUAAAGCAAAGAUGGCGCUGAGGCUGCGGCAGGAGAUGCAGGAGAAGCUGGUGGCGGAGGUGGCGGAGGUGGCCAGUGAGCAGCUGAAGCGUUUCGAGGAGUUCAUGGAGCUGAAGCAGAGGCAGGAGUUCCAGAGCAUGAGGGACAUGCUGAACAGAGAAACUAAAGAGAGCAUCGGGCGUCAAGAGAAGCUGAAGGAAGAGCAGCGACACAGAUUGAAGAUCCUCAACCUGCGCCUGAGGGAGGCGGAGCAGCAGCGCCUGCGGGAGGCGGAGCAUGAGCGGCUGCGGCAGAGCGACGGCAGGGAGCGGCUGCGGAACCUCAACACCAUCCAGGAGGAGAUCCUGCAGCUCAACCAGCUGCUGGAGCCCUCCACCCAGACCAGGAGCGACCUCCCCCCCGCCAGCCUCAGCUGCUUCUCCACCCGCGGGAACCAGCUGUGCUCCCAGCUGUCGGAGGUGGUGCGCAAGACGGCAGAGGGAGAGUUUCCCAGCGUGGAGGACAUGACCAUGUCGGAGCGAGCGCUGCACGAGAUGAGGGCGCUGAUCCGGCUGAUGCAGGAGGAGGUGGCCAAGGCUCAAGAGAAGAAGAAGAAGGAGCAGGACGAAGAAGAGCAGGGCAGGAAGCAGGUGGAGCUGCAGGCGCAGCAGGAAGCGCAGAAGAAGGCGGUGGAGACAGCCAAAGAGAAGGCGAAGAGGAAAGGUCUGCAGAACAGCGCUGAGGAGAGCACCCUGAAGUGGUUCAGGGAGCUGCAGGAGGCUGCUGCUCGCUGCCAGGAGGCCCUGCAGCAGCUCAACUGCCCCAAGGACGCCCAGACAAAGAAGCUGAAGCUGGAGCUCCAGAAGGCGGCCUCCAUCCCCGUCAGUCAGAUCUCCAGCAACUCUGGGUCGCAGCUCCGAGAAAUCUUUGACAAGAUCGACAAGCUGCUGUCGGGACGGGGGUUGGUGUCUGGGGGGAGGACCAUCUCCACCUCCCAGCAUCCCCAGGGCCUGGACUUUGUCAGUUACAAAUUGGCAGAGAAGUUUGUGAAACAAGGAGAGGAGGAGGUGGCGUCUCACCACGAAGCCGCCUUCCCCAUCGCUAUGGUUGCCGCCGGCGUCUGGGAGCUGCACCCUAGGGUGGGGGAUCUCAUCCUCGCCCACCUGCACAAGAAAUGUCCGUACGCCGUCCCACACUACCCUCCGAUGAAAGAAGGCACAACUGUGGAGGAUUACCAGAGGAUUCUUGGUUACCGUGUGGACGACUCCGGGGUGGAAGGUCAGGACAGUUUUCUGAAGAGGAUGUCCGGGAUGAUCCGUCUCUACGCCGCCCUCAUCCAGCUGAGGUGGCCCUACGGCUCCAAGCAGGGGUCUGCUCCUCACGGUCUGAACCACGGCUGGCGUUGGUUGGCUCAGAUGCUCAACAUGGAGCCUCUGGCUGACAUCACGGCCACGCUUCUGUUCGACUUUCUUGAGGUUUGUGGUCACGCUCUGAUGAGGCAGUAUCAAAGCCAGUUCUGGAAACUCAUCCUGCUACUUAAAGAAGAGUACUUCCCAAGAAUUGAAGCGGUGACCAGCAGUGGACAGAUGGGCUCUGUCAUCAGACUCAAACACUUUCUAGAGACGUCACUGCAGUGCCGACAGAUCCGGCCUCCAAAAGGCCAGCUGAACUCAGCUUUUUGGAGCUCCUGAUGGAGGAGGAGGAGCCAUCAUUUUGGAUGUUUCUGCAUGACGUUAUUUAGGACUGAAUGAAGCAGAGAGGGAAAUGUGGUUUGAGGUUUGGAACUUAAAGCCGACUUAGUGAGUAAUUGGGUGGAAAAGCAAAGUUGCUGCUGGAGGAAGAUUGUUGUUCACAUUAGUGAGAGUAACACGGCUUCUGUGGAUUUAUGAACUUGUGUCAGGUGUUCGACUGUGGCUCAGUGGAGGCUCAACUACACAAAUUCAACAGCUUUGAAAAGCUAAGGGCUAAAAAGGAAGCACUUUAACACCAAUGUGUUUAAAUGUUGUUUUCCUUCUCCUUACACCUUUAGAAUAUACUCAAGCAUUUGCGUGUAUGCAACAAGACAGAAGUCAAUUAUUUGAAGAGGUUUAUAUCAGUUUUACUCACAAAAUGUAGUCACUACUGCUUGUUUUAAUUUUAAUAGUUGCUGUUCAAAUCAAAACAGUUUUGAAUGUUUUUUCUGCUAUUUAUGUUUUUUCUGAAUCCACUAUGUGGAACAAAGAUUAUACCGCAAAACUGCUGAGGCGCAUAACCAAAUUAUUUGGUGUUCAUUUUAAUACAGAAAUCUGAAAAUGAUGGAAUAAUAUUCAGAUUAUGACAAAAGUGAUUUACCAGAUUGAUUGUUACUGUCAUCUAUAAACCAAAUGUCUGAAAUAAAACCGCAUCAGCAGUUCACUGAA